UCCAGAGGAAAACGUUCUGAGAGCUGCGCGUGGCUUUUUUCGGUUUAACGGUCAACUGUCGACAGCCGGUCGUUUGAGCAUCAUAUGAACUGUUGAAAUGAGGAGAACAUGAUAAAGACGGUGGAGGAGAAAUAUCUUCUCGGAGCAGCCGCCUUCCGCUCCAAACUGUACAACCUCAUAGAUGCAAAAAGGAACCCCCAAAUUCUGCACCAAGGACGUUACUGAUAUUUUGAAGUUACAAUGUAGUGCUUGUUAUUCAGCAUCACAAUAAUGUAACCCAAUAUCUCAGAAAUGAGCUCUUUAAAAAGGGCGACAAAAAGCUUCACGACCCUUCGCGUUUCAACGCAAAUUGAAAGAAUAGCCUCGGCACACUGCUCUUCCUCUCUCGUCCACAUCUUGUUCAAGGGCACAUAAAGAACAACAGCCAUGUCUGAGGGAAAAAGAGCAAGUAUUCAGCCUCACGCCGGCUACUCCUAAAAGGCAAGCUGAUGAAGAAUGCCACAUCUAUGCUGGUGGCUGAGAAAGAGCAAAACAAGCGUGAGAGACAAAAUACUCUAGAGGAAAGAGUUCCUCCUCUCAAACUCUCCGGUUUGUCUUUACAGGAGCUGCAGGAGCUCUGCAAAGACCUGCACCGUAAGAUUGACACUGUUGAUGAGGCACGAUAUGAUCUUGAAGCAAAAGUGGUCAAAAAUGAAAAGGAGAUCCAGUCCCUGACACAGAAGAUCUGCGAGCUGAAAGGCUCCAUGAACAGAACCAAACUGAAGAGGGUAAAGAAAUCCGCUGAUGAUAAGCUGGGAGCCCUGACUGAAUCCAAAAUGACAGCAAAGGCAGACUUUAAAGCUAACCUAAAGACAGUCAAGAAAGAGGAAGAAAAGAAAGAGGAGGUGACUGACUGGCGUAAGAAUGUCGAGGCCAUGUCUGGUAUGGAGGGCAGGAAAAAGCUCUUUAAUGCUGGUCAAUAAGAAGAGACGAGCAAAAACAUCUAAAGCCAUCUAAAGAAGUUCUGUGGCAUUUUCAUAAUUUCGCCUCAAGUAUAUGUAUUCCACCUUUGAUCAGAUGCUAUGAAAUAAUAAAAACUGUAAAUAUUUGAAUGGAUACUGUUUGUUCUGGAGUACAAUAAACA